AAGUUUUGCAUUCGAUUUGCAAAAUGAUGACCAUAUCUUUGAUCUGGGGGAUUGUUAUAGCAGUGGGCUGCUGUUUAUGGCUUAUUCUUGGAAUGAGGAGAAGACAAAUGGGUGAACCACCUCUGGAGAAUGGGUUGAUUCCAUAUCUGGGAUGUGCUCUGCAGUUUGGUGCCAAUCCUCUUGAGUUCCUCAGAGCAAAUCAAAGGAAACAUGGUCAUGUUUUUACCUGCAAACUAAUGGGAAACUAUGUACACUUCAUCACAAAUCCCUUGUCAUACCAUAAAGUGUUGUGCCAUGGAAAAUACCUUGAUUGGAAAAAGUUUCACUUCACUAUUUCUGCAAAGGCAUUUGGGCACAGCAGCAUUGACCCAAGUGAUGGAAAUACCACGGAAAACAUAAACAAAACUUUCAUCAGAACCCUGCAGGGCGAGGCCUUGGAUGCCCUUACAGAAGCCAUGAUGGAAAACCUCCACCUUGCCAUAAGACCUCCAGUCAUUCCUAAAUCACAGAUGCCUGCCUGGGUGACAGAGGGGAUGUAUUCCUUCUGCUACCGAGUGAUGUUUGAAGCUGGGUAUUUAACUUUCUUUGGUAGAGAUCUUACAGGGCAAGAUGCACAAAAAGCACUCAUUCUAAAUAACGUUGACAACUUCAAACAAUUUGACAAAAUCUUUCCAGCCCUGGUAGCAGGUCUCCCCAUUCGCGUGUUCAAGACCGCAUACCACGCCCGGGAAAAAAUGGAGCAGGACUUGAGACACCAGACCCUGGGAAAGAGAGAUCACAUCUCCGAAGUGAUCAGGUUUCUGAACGACACGCUCUCCACCUUGGACGACAUGGAGAAGGCCAAGAUUCACCUCGCUGUCCUCUGGGCAUCACAGGCAAACACCAUUCCCGCGACUUUCUGGAGCCUAUUUCAGAUGAUUAGAAGCCCUGAAGCAAUGAAAGCAGCUACUGAAGAAGUGAAUAAAACACUAGAGAAUGCUGGUCAAAAAGCCAGCUUUGAAGACAGUCCUAUUUGUUUGAAUCAAAAGCAGCUGAACGACAUGCCAGUGCUAGAUAGUAUCAUUAAGGAGUCUCUGAGGCUUUCCAGUGCCUCCUUGAACAUCCGGACUGCUAAAGAAGAUUUCACUUUGCACCUCCCGGACGGUUCCUAUAAUAUUCGCAAAGAUGACAUCGUAGCCCUUUAUCCGCAAUUAAUGCAUUUAGAUCCAGAAAUCUACCCAGAGCCUUUGACUUUUAAAUAUGAUCGCUAUCUCGAUGAAAAUGCGAAGACGAAGACCACCUUCUGUAGUAAUGGCCUCAAGAUGAAGUAUUACUACAUGCCCUUCGGUUCAGGAGCUACGAUAUGUCCUGGAAGAUUGUUCGCUGUCCAGGAAAUCAAGCAGUUUUUGAUUCUGAUGCUUGCCUAUUUUGAGCUAGAGCUUGUAGAAAGCCAUGAGAAGUGUCCCCCUUUGGACCAGUCUCGUGCAGGCUUGGGCAUUUUACCACCAGUAAAUGACAUCGAGUUUAAAUAUAAACUCAAACAUUUGUGAAUAUAUGGGUGGAAAUAGAGGAUGCUAGAAAGUUGCAGGACUGCAGAACACUUAUCCAUCCCUUUGGACAGAUGCAUUUAGUGGUAGUGGAACCGAUACAGCAGGUCCAGUUCUGUUCACAGACGCUUGCUUGUGAAUCUUGACAUAUGGGUGACAGUUCCCAGAUGCUAUCUCAGACUAUGCCAGGGAAAAAAUUUACUUCCUAGAAGCACAAUAAUUUGUUUUCAUUUGACUGUGUCAGUAAAUGUGCAUAAA